AUGAGGGUUGAUUUUUCUGAGCCAGAGUGCAACAGCAACUGUUACCAUCAUCACACUUCAGGCAUACGCAACACUCAAGAAACCGAACCAAGGUUUUUGUUCGGACCAGUUAGACAUGAUUCUGCUUCUGUUUGUUCGACCUCAACAUCAUCUCUAGCAACAACUCCUGCUGCCAUUGCAUCGGUUAGCUCCGGACCAGCCAAUUUAAAUUCUGGUGGAUUUGGUACUUCCACACCGUCUGGAUUCGGGGGAAGGCAAGGUGCUUUUGGUCCCAUGUUUGCUACUCCCACAUCGUCUGUAUUCGGGACAGCGCAAGGUCCUGCUUCUAGUUUUAGUAAUUCCUCAUCGCCUUUCGGAUCAACGCAAGCUUAUGCUUUUGGUUCUGGUUUAUUUAGUGCUCCCACACCAUCUAGAGCGGUUAGUNNCGAACCUACNCAGUCUCUUGGACCAAACAGUUUCGGUUUUGGUGUAACUGCUGCUCCCACACCANCUNNANNNGGAUCAGUGCAAGCUCCUGUCCAAACUACUGCAAUCACCACUAACAGAUCCUCAGAAUCAUUUCCACGUCCUAGUUCUUCACCUGCUCCUGCUGUUACAUUGGUUAGUAGCGAACCAACGCAAUCUCUUGGCAAAAGCAUGUUCAGUUUUGGUUCAUCUCCUGCUCCCACACCAUCAUUUUUGGUUAGUAGUGCAUCUGCCACUUCCUCACCCUUAAGCUUCAGGCUACCGCAAGAUUUUGGCAACACUCCUUCUGUGUCACCCUUUGGGAAUGGUGUUGCUUAUGCGAGACCUGAUGUUGCUAUCUUGCCGCCAGCAUCGGAGCAAUCAACAAGUACAAUACUUUUUGGUACAACUCCAGUGAGCGUUCCUUCACUAUUUGGGCCACCGCAAGAAACUGCUUCAAGCACCCCAAAAAAUCCAUUCAGCAAUUCUUUUCCCGGAUUUGGUGAUAGUUAUAUGCCCGGAGCUUCUUUUAACGGUUUUGGAUGUAAUCCAUCACCAUUUUGGGGUGGUGGUUCACUUUUUGCUGCUCCUAAGACAUCAUCUCCUCAACCUUCUGGUUUCAAUGCAGCUACUACUACUCUGUCGCCGAGUUCAUUAUCCCCCACAGUUACCGAUAUUCCCUCUGGUGGAUGGUAUUUUCCAUCUCGUGAAUGUAGUCACCCCUCUGGACAAGGUAGUAGGCAUACUCGUUAUGCACCUACACCCGAUAUUGGAACACCUGGUUUUGGAAGAAAUGGCCAUUUUAUUUCUAUAUCUGCUUCUGAUGCUUGUCGACAUAAAAGCCAUGAAGAGUUAAGGUGGGAAGAUUACAAACAAGGAGAUAAAGGUGGGCCGUAUCCUGCUGCUCAUAUCUCUCCCAUAGGCUCGAGACCAAACGCCGUCUUUUCCCCAUCAACCGUUUCACCGAGGUUAUUUGCUUUGAACUCUGAUCUUCACAAAAGCCCUGAAGAGUUAAGGUGGGAAGCUUACAAAAAGGGAGACAAAGGUGGUUUGUUUUCUGCUCCUCAUAUCUCUCCAGUAGGCUCGAGACCAAACGCCGUUUUUACCCCGUCAACUGUUUCACCUUCGAUAUUUGCUUCUCCAAGCAUAUUUGAUCACCCUCAGAGGACAACGCAAGGAAACAUGCCUGGUUCUGGUACCCUGUUUCGGAGCUCUUCUUCAACAUCAUCCACUACAAUUCCUUCUGCUCCCGUAAACCCGAGUGUUCAGAGACCCCAUGAGACGACUGAUGUCUCUUCCCCAGCAUCCAGAUGCACUGCCUGUGGAGCCACGAGUAGACCUUCUGCUUCUGCUUACUCUAAUGGUGGUGCCACAACCCCUCCAUCAGCUGCUACAUCUCUUCCCGGAAUGUUCUUUUCUAGCUUUGGUUCUUUUCCUAUGAUGUUUGGUACACCAACUCUUGCUGCUCAAGGUACGGCUCCAGCACUUCAAGCCUAUCCAAUGAUGUUCGGUACAACUCCUGUUGCUCAAGGUGCAAAUCUGUCCGUUCAAGCUACAACUUCAGCAAUUCAAGCUUAUCCUGUUCAGGGUUUCCUUCUCCUCCCGUUCGCCGCCAUGAAUCUGCAGUGA